AUGGCUCACAAUCGCGCUCUACGCUUCCUGAUACCCCGGUACUCGCUUGGGAUCGUCUCAUGGGCGACCUCAGGCCAUCAGUUUCCACAUGCGCCAGCUCAUAGUUUGGCUAGUCGCACACCGGAAGCAUUGCAUGGGCACUCCGCUGCCACAGGGUUCCACCCGCCCGUGCCAGGUGAAGGCGCUAUAGGGCUCCUGCUGGUUGGUCGGCGCACUGCAAGAGACCCACGAACGAAACCAUUACGGGAAGAAUGGAUACAGCUUGUGCUACGGACGAGCGUCUCCGGUCCCACGGGCAGUCUGCGCUUCGUCAAGCUACCUCCCGCUCGCCCAUCCGCCGGAGCAAACCGCAACCCGCCACAUGCGAAGCGUCUUACAGAGAUUGGCAUGCCCCGAGGCAAGCGCAUCACGCCGGCCGCGGGCUGGCGGGGUAAAGGAAGGAGUCGCCCAGGGUCUUCCUCCACGCUGCUGCAGCCGUACAGGAUAAUGCCGUCUCGUCGCUCCUAUGAGCGCCGGCACCUUAUCUGGGGCUUGCUUUAG